UGGAAAAUAAUGAACUUUAUCACAAUAUGCUAAUAUUUUGAGAAGGACCUGUAGAUGUUGGAAAAACAACGUAGGUCUUUCUGAUGAUAUAUAGGUCACACUUUCUUUGAAAACACUUGCUAUAUGCAGGCAAAUUUAAUAAAUGGAUGUGCCCAAGUCAAUGAAAGUUUGUGUUCCUAUAAAGUUUAAAAGAGAACAGUUAUUUUGUACUUAACAUUUUCCAUUUUAAGAAGAUUUUGUCAGUAAAAACAUCUCACUCUAUAAGAUUUUGGAGAAUGGUAAUACUUCGCUAAAACGUAGUUAAUUAAAGACGAUAGUCUUGUUCUUACGAAGUAAAAGCAGCAACAGAAUUGAUUAUUCUCAAAAAUAAUAAUGGAGAAAAGCUUUUAAAUUGUCUGUGUUUUUGUUGUGUUUUGUAUUGUGUCCAAAAUCAAUAAUAAAUAUUACUGUAAACUAAAAGCAUAUGAUGUAAUUUUGAAGUAAAAAAAAAAAAUGUAACCAAAGCAAAAAGCUUAAACUGUCUCACAUUUUAUAUUAACACUGUGAUGUGGUUAUGGACGCGGUGGCCCCGGUGUUUCCCGAACACGAGUCGAGUGGUUCCGAGAGCAGAUCGCGACAUGUUCUGAUCAUCUUCCAAAUGUUGGUGCCUGAGUGGUGAAGUGCAGCUCCUCAGAGGAGGCGGGAGGGAGAGCAGCCAAGCAUUCCCGCAGAUUUGCAUCCUCACAUCAGCAUCAACUCGACUGCACCUCUGCAUCUCCGACCGGCCGGUGGGAGGAGAAGGUAGACAUGAAGAAAUCUGCCAUGAUGAUGACAGUCAGUGUAAUUAUGCUGAGUUUGCUUAUCUCUGCAGCUCUAUCUGCCUCUCUAAAAGGAGAGGAAGAAUCCAUAACACUAUUCCAUGGAGAGGAUUUCGUCAUCCUGCUGCCGCCACACGAGGUGGAGAUCACGUUCAGGAACCGUUCGGACCCUCGGAAGACCUCGGUCCUGAUGAGGGGAGGCAAAGUGAUCGGCAAUCGGGCCAAAACCACCCUGCAUCUCAACCACCUCAUUAUUAAGGCUGUGGGCGAGGGAGAUGAGGGGCUGUACAUCCUAGAAAAUUUAAAGGAUCCGAAUGACGUGAAGAAGAUUUCACUUAUAGUCCGAGACUGCACCAUCGAGCAGAUAUCCAAAUACGGCGGGAACUUUCAUAUUCCGGUGGUGGGGGUGAACACCCCCAUCACUCUGGAGUACAGGCCCAUUGCAGUGGAGGCCAACCAGACAUCCAGACCGGCGACCGUGGUGCUGACUGCCACAGGGAUAUCCAUGAAGCCCCUUCAAGGUCGCAUCAGCGUCAGUGAGCGAUCCAUCACCGUCAGUGCUGUUACGGGUGCCGACGAGGGCAGCUACACUAUCAGGGACAGCAAAGGUGUUAUUCAAAUGAAAGUGUGUCUGAAAGUCAAAGAGCACAAAAACCAUGUGAACCUUUUGAACGGCGAGAGACUGAAGAUCAACCUGAUUCUGAACAGCUCCUUGGUCCAGCUAUACUACAACCCUGACUCUGAAUCUUCACCAGUUCUGCUGAUGGAUAAGGGAGAGUUCACAAGUGCUCAAGCAAAUUUCGGUUUUGAGGACCGCCUCUCUUUGGAAGGUUCGAUGGUCUUUCUAGAGCAGAUGAAGGCCUCAGAUGCAGGGCUGUUUACAAUAACAGACUUGCAGGGAUUCACCGUGUCAACAGUCCAGCUGGGAUUAAAACCCUACAGACUGGAUUCCCUUUAUGUGGUCAUAAUUGCCCUGCUGGGCCUGCUGGCUUUCCUUCUGCUGGUUUGCCUUCUGUCCUGCCUGAUCAAAGUUAAAAAGAGGGCCAAGAGGGCAGCUGCAUUGGAGAAACUAGCUCAGAACGCUGGCAAAGAAGAUGAGGGCGAGGCUUUCAGACAGGUGGUCAAGAACAUCACUAAACUCAGCGAGGAGUCCAAACAUUCCCAAGCUGACAACACAGAGAAAUCUCAGAGCACUGAGGUGGACAUCAAGGGUCUGGAGGUUUCUUCUAAGGAGGUUGGCGUUGGUAAUCUAGAGACCAGUGACUCCGGCGUUGGUUUCAACACUGCUCUCCCACUGGAUACUGACACUGAUGUCCCUGAUCAAAUCCCAGAUUCUGAGGCUGUAAGCAUCUCUGUUGCUCCUGAAAUCAAACCGAGUCCUCCUUAUGCUGCCAAGUCCAAGGCAGCUGCUCCACCAGUACCUGAAACAAAAGUAAGCCCUGUUCCUGAGCCCAAAAAAGCCCCCGAUCACCCUGUGGAAGCAAAUCUGGACACACCCAAACCAGUAGAUACUAAACUUAGUCCAGUCCCAAGCCCAAAGUUUGGUUUGAGUCCAGCUGAAAAAAUGCCUGCAUCCAGUCAGAGUCCAGAACCCAAAAAUGGACUGAGUCCAACUGAUCCAAACCCUGCACCCAGUCCAAGUCCAGAACCCAAGACUGGUCUGAGUCCAGCUGAUCCAAAACCUGCACUCAGUCCAAGUCCAGAGCCUAAGAUUGCUGCUUUCACAGCCACCUCUUCAACAUCUGAAAUUACAAGUGCAGCAGCUCCUACCCCUGUGCCCGCCAAACCGACCCCAGCAGAACCUAUCACUAAUGGUACACCUGAGCAAGGACCAGAUUCCAAAGCAAGCCCAGAUCAUGCAGAAAUCAUCAAAGACCCAACUCCAAAAGAGGUUUCCACUAAAACCCACGAAGUGGAGCUGAAGUCUAGCAGUGUUGUACCAGAAGGCAGCAAAGGCGGCGCCGCAGCCGAGGAUUCGACUACAACCUGAGAACCACAACUGCACAAGCAUGAGGAACCCCCACAGAUCCCCACCUACCACCACUGCAGACAAUCAAACACCCCCUAUCAAAACGGUGAGGAAGCCACUGCAAGGUGGGGCAAUGAUGAAGAUACAAAACCCACAGUGAUAACGAUACUUCAUUUGUCUAUAACCUUUGAGACUUUCUGACUGAGACACAGUUUAAAUAACAAACGUGGCUUUUAAUCUUUAAACAUUUAAGUUUUGCAGCAUCAUUUUCUAUUGAUUUUACUGAACAACUGCCAAACUGCAAAUAAAAUCAUUUGCAGAGUUUACAACUAAAAUAUUAACUCCACAUGUUUUAUAAAAUUUAACAAAAAAAGGGAUUAUGGCAUUUCGUCAAAGCAGUGUAGCAGAAUUUCUCAUCAGUCUUGAACUAACCACCAAUUUCCGUUGAGAAGACUGUUCUUCUAACAAUGUGUGGAUAAAACUGACAAAAAACAACAGGUUUUCAGCCUCACCAUCCACAGAGGAAAUGUGGAUGCUAUUUAUACCUGCUACUAAAGUGUCCACGAUAACAAGAUUUGCAUAAAUUUAAUCAAAUAGAAAAAUCUAACACAAAUAGUACUACUCACUGUCUAGUAGACUCCUAGUGGAUGUUGAUGGUUGAAAUGUGUUCUUGCUAGCAGAUCCUUGAAGUCCUGAUCAUCUAGUUUUGGUUGAAUUUUUGUGGAUUUCUAAAUGACUUUGUUAAAAAUCCCAGCACUAUUACAGUUUACAAGAAAGGCCAUGCAAACAAAACCUUCCUAUUUCUGCUGUAUAUUGGUUUUCCAAGGCAAAAAUUCAGGAACAAAUCCCACACAGUUGGAACCUGAUUCUUUUACUACCCAAUUAUUUGUUUUUUUAUGCUUCUCCCCUUCUGUCUUUUUAAUAUUAUAUCAAUUUUCUUUUACUUGAAGGUAAUUUCUAACCAGAUCUUUUGUUCAAUUGUAUGUUCGAUUUAUACUUGGAUUUCUGAAUUUCCUAGUAUCCGAUGCUCGGGAGGAGAGACUGCUGCAAAAUCAAUGACUCAAUGUGCUUCCUCAGAUGUAUCAGCUUUUACUAAUUGGCAUUAUAGGAUCAACUGAUUUUGACUGUUUUGUACCAUAAUUAAGGUUGAAUGGGGCCUGUAUUUAAUUGGGUCUGAAUGUGGCUUUAUUAUUGAAUCCUACUGGAAUGAGUAGGGUUGAUUUGAACUGAUUUUGGACGUAUUUAGAUUCAGUAAAAGUGAACACAACUUCUUUUUGGAAAUUAGUGCUAAACAGUUGCUGUCAUAGAUGUAUAUAACCUGCCAAUGUGUCAGAUAAUAUGAAUAGUACAAAACCUUUGUGGUUGGGUGAAGCCCUUUGCCAUCAACAGAAUGUGUUUGUUCUUUUUAAGUCAUAAUGGCAAAAGAAACUUCAUAGUCAAAACCAUCAACACUACAACUCACAAGGCAGGGCAAUGGAAAGUACACCAUUGCAGCUGUGAAGCACAGAGGUGCAUCAAAGAUGGUUUGGGGAUGGCACAAGUAGCUUGAUCAAAAUUGAUGGUAAAAUUACGCAGCAUGUUAUUAAAAAAUACUGGAGGAUAUCUUGCACUCUUUAGCCCAGCAGUUGCGCCUGGCACACAGUUGGACUUUCCAACAUGACAAUAAUCCAAAAGACAAGGCCGAGUCAACCUGCAGCAAAAAAUUUGAAUGUUCUAGAAUGGCCAUCUUAGUCUCAUAACUUUAUAAUCUUGGAGCCCCUGCUGGGAUAUUUCAAAUGUGCAGUUUGUGCAAGAAAGCCCAAAACUUUACAGGAAUCAAAGGGUUUUUGCCAGAAAAUUUAUGUUUUCAGCUUUACCUAAAGAUUCAAUUAAGGUUAAAGAGAGCAAUGCAAGACAUUAUGAAGGCAUUUGGACAAACUGUCCAAAUGCCUUCAUAAUGGACAGUUUGUCCAAAUGCAUUAUGAAGGCGUUUGUCAUUAUGAUUAAAAAGAACAACCAUGAGUUAAAGAAAGGAUUUUAAAUUACUAUUCAUAUACUCUAAGAAAUGAUCUGCCAGGGUAUGUAAACAUUUGAGCAUGGCCUGUUUAGAUAAACAGAGUUGAAUUGAGUUGCAUUCAAUUUCAAAUGCAAUGACUGUCUAACUGGGAAUUCUUAGUGGACCGCCAAAGGUCCCCAAGCAACCCUGAGUUUAAUAUCCAAAAUGACCGGCACACAUAUAAAACCCACUCAAAGCUGCAGGAGUAAACUGCUUAUUUGCACCUCUGAUGGCUUACAUCUUAAUAGCCCAGAGGCACACGUCCAGUCUUUGUGUGAGGAUGUUUGGUGAUGAAUCCAUAAAAUGAGAAGAAAUAUGCUGUUUUUGGCUUGUGUUGCUAAUAGUAGUUAGCACCACAACAGAUAGCAAAUCCCACUGGUUUCCAUUUUGCAGCUAAAACAAAAUCAGUUGAGACGUCAUUCCCAGAUACGAGUUCUGACUUAUAAGACUAAUUGAACUCAGCACAUACUGAUACGUUUUGUUAGCAGUGGCAAAAAGCAUUUAACUGUCUCUGCUAAUAGAAUAGUCCUGACUUUUUCAAGUGAGGUUCUGGUAAAAUGUUGUAUGAAGUUAAAAUCUUACCAUCAGAAGACAGCCCGUUUUGGGGUCUUCAUUUUACGUAAAUCCAGAUUAAUUGGUCCUGGAGGCUGAAGCUAACAGCUAGUCCAAAAAGGACCAAGACAAAAGUUGACUUCUGCCUUCCAAACAACUCCAGUUUAAAAAACGUCACAGUGGUUUAUAUGAAUGCUAUUGUAUGCUAUUUUAAAACAACGUCUCAUUUGCAUUGAAUAGUUUACGCAGAAACCUAUGAUUAUUUAUGUGAGAAAUGAAGAUUGGAGAUAAUGAUCCACCACAGAUUUUCCUACUGAGAGAGCAACCUGCUGAGUGUUUAAGGUCACAUGUAACAGUAAAGUAAAAAUAAUACAACAGUUUAUGUUAACUCUAUUUUAUUGAUAUUUACACUUUCUUACUUUUAUAUCGGAUAGUUUAUCUGAGCAGAAACACAUUACAUGUUCCUAUUCAGUCUGUUUCACACAGGAGAACUACUGGAGGUGCACCGCCUGCAAGCUCCAUUUACCGUGUGAAUAAUCGUCCGCUUCUUUGUAAAUAACCGUCCAACAAAAUGUGACGAUGGCUUAAAGAUUCAUAACAUAAUGUUCACAUAAACCAGUGUGGUGUUUUUGAGUUAUUUUCAGGUAGCAGAAGUCUACUUUGGCUCCUCUCAGACAAACUGUUAGCUUCAGCAUCCAGUAUCAUUUAAUCUGAAUUUAAACUAAACGAAGAGUUAUCUACUGCAGGUAAGAUAUUAAUUGCUUGUAGUCCUUUGAAAGAACCUCGCUUUAAAAGCCCUGAGCUGUCUCUUUAAGGCACUCAGUAUGAGGUUUUUAUUGGUGCUUUCACACUGUCUUUUGAGUGUGUUUGGCGGUAUAUUAAAUGUAAUCGAAAUUAUUUAAUUCUAAUGCUUGCAUAGUAUAAAACAGGUUUAUUGUUAGGUUUUUAUGUAAAGAAUUGCAUGUUUCUACCUUGUGUUUAACCUGGUACAGGUUUCAUACCCUGAAAUUAACUAAAGAAUUUGGAAAUAUGGAAGCAGCACGAAAGAAUUUAAAGUAUUCAAAAUAACUCACUCAGCUGACCUAUCUUUGUAGCUUUUUCUGACUAGUUUUUGUUAUAUGAAAAUAAUGAUGAUUUCUUAAAAAAGCCAUAAAACAAGAUGUCAGAUUUGAUACUAAGACAACAUAUAAAUUUAAAUUACAUAUACAAAUAAACCAACAGUAUCUACAGUCAGACUAAAGAUUUCUAAUGUAAAUCACUGUGUGGGCCUCUUUUCCAGCCUGGAUCUGUGUGGGAACCACAAUCACAUGUGGCAAUACUAACAAUGACCUUUAUAUAAACACACACACACACACACACACACACACACACACACACACACAUAAAAGACACAAACACACACUGUAAAUACUGCAUGCGUUUGCCAGUUUAACCCCUCAAGGCUGAAUGUUCCUAAUGUAUAAAACACCUCUUGUCUCAUAUUAAAUAAAUAAAAUAAACUAAUUCGAAUUUCUCAUCUACCUUAAAUCUAAUAUAUAAAUGCUUUUACAGAUACUAUAUAUACUAAUCUUCACUAAUGUCUUGAACUAAUGUAAUGACCCAGAUAUUAGCUCCUUUUAGCUGUUAUUAUUAAAGUGCAACAUAUCUCUUACACUGUAUUAAACAUGCUUAGCCUCCGUCACUUUAAGCAUCCACCGCAGCAUGCCAGAGAUUUGUUUUGAGCUUUUUAUCGUCCACAAGUCGUACGGGUGUGUGUACCCAGAGAAGUGAUUUAUCAAUCUUGCAGUUGUUGUGUGUCUGGGACCUGUCUGUGUGCCUACGGUACGGUUUAAGACGUGUAAAUGAGCAAACACGUGCUCAACCUAUGCACUGGCUGUUUGUACAGAAUGAAAUAUGUUUUAUCUGUGUCUGUGUGUUGUGUGUUUGGUAUCCAUCUGCCUGCUUAAACUGUGCUUCAAAUCAAGAGUGUGGAUGUGUUCAGAACCACAAAAAGAAAAAUGAAAAAACAAAACAAAACAAAGUAUUGAUAUUUGAGCUCGUUCUGUCUUUGUUUCAGUGGCUAAGAUGUUUAUUGGAUUGUUGGCCAGUAUUGUCUUUAGUCACUUCCUGAUGUCAAACAGGAUGUUCACGCGAGGCAGUUUAUACACACCUGAAUGAACGCAGCCACGCCACUUCUUCACCUAAAAUGUGCUUCUCUGAGUGACUGAGUGACAGAAGCGAUGAGGAAAAUGUGUCUUUAUUCAUGAUGUAUAGCAUGCAGACUGCUGAGUAUGCUUUGUUUAAAGUUUGAGUCUGGGAGCUUAUUUAAGAAUUAAUAAUAACAACAAUUUAAUUUGCUGUGGGUUGUGUGGUCACUGAGAGGUUGCUGAAACAAUAUUGUCAGCUUCAAAUGAUUGAUAUGUUGUAAAAAGCCUUAAAAUAAAUCCAUAUUUUAUUGCAGUAGCAUAAUCUCACAUUAAAUAUUUAGAAAAAUCCAACCUUCCAUAUUAGGAAAACAUAUUUUUUAACAAAUUCAUUGGUGCCAGAGUUUUUGUUUUCCUAUAAACUCCUUAAAAAUAAAAUUGUUUCAUACUUUACUUUUUACGUAGAUCAAAGUGAAUAGAAGGUUUAAUGGGUAAUCCAUGACUUCCUGUUUUCCUUUCAUAAUUUGACAUUGCAGUCUUGACUUGUCCUCUGACAGUUCAAGCAAAAAUGCCAAAGUUUAACAAGUGAUGAGGACCCAAACUUAUCUUCCUACCAUUCACAGUGAGGAAGGAACUUCAGCAAAGAAUGGCGUCUUGGGGGUCAUCAAGUCUCCAUAAAAACCAUCACGCACAGUAAACAUGCCAGGCAGCUUGUUUAGGAAGCAUGCCAUGAACAAAACCUUAUUCUGACCAAUUGUCACACACUUAAACAUGGGGUGUAUGCUAAACUGUACUGGGACUUUAACUGGAGCUGUAAACUAUGGCCAGAUUGACCUUUGUGAAAACAAUGUGUGGGUUUUGUGUGAAACACAGGAGAGAUAUGCAACACUCAGCAUCCUAUUCCCACUGUUAAGUACUGUGGAUGAUCUGUGAUGCUGUGGGCCUUUAUCUCUUCCAAAAGUCUUGGCAAUUUUGUUUGAGUGCAUGACAUCUUGAAGUCUUUGAACCAUAAUUUUUCUAUGCCUGCUUAAUUUGCGCAGGGUGCCUACCGCUUGUGGGCCUAGUACUCUCUGGGCAAGUCAUGAGUCAAUCACAGGACACACAGGACAAACAACGUUGCACACACACUCCCAGACUUAAGGACAUUUCAGAGUGGCCAGUUUAACUAACAUUCAUGUCUUUGGACUGUGUGAAGGAUCUGCUUGCUGCAUUGCAACGGUGCUAAGUACUACACCACCACAGAGCUUCUGAAGUCUGUUAGAACCUUUCAAUCUUAAUUUGGUGUUCCCUGCAACUGAAAAGUAAACACCAUGGAGUCGUUCAACAGCUGGAGUGUCAACAAUGAUACCAACCACUGAAUAAAUGAACCAAAUUUAAAGGUUGCUUUUUCUACAUAGUGUUCAGUGUGAAAUCCUGCUGCAGCAGUAAAAGAGUAAUUUAUUUUAAGGCUUUUUACUGCAGGGGUGCCUCUAAUUGUGAAGGCCGCAAUAUUAAAAGGGAAUAAAAACUCGAAGAUGGCAGAGAGAGAGUAUGAAGCAUGGCCAGCCAUUGUUUUAUACCUUACUUGCAUCUGACAAAGGCUUCAUGUAACUAGAUCAGACUUACUACAUCUUACAGGUUCCAGAAACAUUCUGGGUUGCAAAUCCACUUCUGAUAACCCACCAAAACAGAAGCCCCCACUGUUGACAUCAGAGGUUCUCCUUAUACUAUGUGAGUUGUGUCUGCCGUCUCUGAUCACUGCUGCUGUUAUGGACUGUUUGUGGUGUAACAUCCCCACAUGGUCUCACUGUACUUCCUUUUUGCACAACUCUUCACACAGAUGUUUUGUAACAACAAAUGAUACUUUUUUUCUUUAUUUCAUGCCUAAUGGAAUACUAAGAAUAAACAAAGGAUUAUGCCA